CACAUAAUCCGGCCCCUCUCGAAAAUCGCCAACAGCUCUCACUACCAACCUCACCUCACCUCCACACACAGCUUCCAAUCCACCAAUCCACCACAACCACCCCCUCCACAAACACCGGUCGCAAGACCCCCCCAACCCAAACCAUGGACAUCCGCCUCCUCCACGCCUCGGACAUCCCGCACGUGCAACACGCCAACAUCACCAACCUCCCCGAAAACUACUUCAUGAAAUACUACCUCUACCACGCGCUCUCCUGGCCACAGCUCUCCUUCGUCGCCGUGGACGUGUCGCGUCCGCCCAAGUCGCCGUAUGAUCCGCCCCGCAUCGUGGGGUAUGUGUUGGCGAAGAUGGAGGAGGAGCCGGCGGAUGGGGUGGCGCAUGGGCAUAUUACGAGUUUGAGUGUUAUGAGGACGCAUCGGAGGUUGGGGAUUGCGGAGAAAUUGAUGAGGCAGGCUCAAAAAGCAAUGGUAGAAACAUUCCAAUCCCGCUACGUCUCCCUCCACGUCCGCAUCUCCAACAACGCCGCCCUGCGCCUCUACCGCGACACCCUCGGCUUCCGCAACGACAAGAUCGAAGCCAAAUACUACGCCGACGGCGAGGACGCCUAUAGCAUGAGACUCGACCUCGACGGUGUGCGCGCCGAAUUACUCGCUGCUGGGGGGGAGGAUGCGGAGGAUGAGGGCGAUGCGGUGGGGGAUGAGGGGAAGCAGGCCGGCGAGGAGAUGGAGAAGAAUGAGGCGGGGGAGGUACUCAGGAAGGUUAGGGUUGGGAGGGGACUGGGGGUUGGGGAGCUGGUGGAGAGGGAUGAGAGUGCGAAGGCGUAAAAGGAGCGAGGGCGGGGAUGGAAAAUCAGGAGUAAAUGAAUGGCGGAUUGUGAUUGUGGCUGCUUGUAGGUUGGGUUGGGGGGGUGACUAUGCGUAUGAUGUGUGCUGUGCUGUGCUGUAUUCUGUAACUACAGCUUGUGCCAAGGCGUAGUGGUUUAGUCAUUGUAUCAAGCAGUGGCUAGACAUCCACCGCAGCUUCGCCAACAAGGUAGUGAGCUAGAGAUUUAAGCCAGAGAGCGGGGGGCGAGGGCGACUCAGCACGUAGGCAAAGACUAGUCCUACGCCACAUACAUAUAGAGCUAAAUGCUGCAUACGUGCGCUGCGUGCAGUCCCUGGGGGGGAACUAUAUUGAUGGUGCUGAUCUUUGAAAUUGGUAGCUUGAUUGGGUCUAGUUGUGUUGGCGGGGUCACUUUAUUAACAUGGGUAGCGGGCGUUAUGCUUGUUGGAAAGAGAGGGGGGAAGGGGGGUAGAAGGCAUGUUUCGUUGUCGGUCGUUGUCAGUCGUUGUCAGUCGUUGUCAG